AUGGACGACCUCCAGUCGCUGGAGCUUUUUUCGCUCGUGUCGCGAAUCACAGGCGAACUCCAAAACCACCUGGGUGUUAAUGACAAAACCCUCGCAGAAUUCGUAAUUGACCAACACCUAUCAUGCGGUUCGUUCGCGGAGUUCAAAGCAAAACUCGAAGAUAUGGGUGCGGAAUUCCCGCAGAGUUUGAUGGAGAGUAUCGACCGCCUAGUCCUGACGAUGCAUCCGAAGUACAAGUCGAAGAAGACGGAAACGGCAGGCGAAUCGACCGGUGAUGAUGAUAUGGACAUGCUUGGUGAGUUGGAGAAGAAAGCGCGUGUGUUCAAGGGCCUUGCUGUGCCAGAUAAAGUGCCGAGUUGGGAACAGGAAGAGCGGAAUGCCGUUGAUGAGGGUGACGCCAAGGCCGAUGCUAUGGAUGAUACAUUUGCGAUGUUGGAAGGGUUAGCAGGGAAAGCACAAGAAGACAAGAGUCGGCCAACGAGAGAUGAGCGCAAAAGACGAAGCAGAAGCCCGGAUUACGACGACUACGACCGCGGACGGCCACGACAGAACAGGUAUCGCUCACGAUCGAGGUCACGCAGCACUCGUCGCAGCAGGAGAGACGAUAAUGUCGACGAGUUUGGACGUUCAUUGGGAAAAUACAGCAGCAGGGACGAGAAGUACCGGAAUGGGCUUGGCGAACGACGAAAAAAACGUGACCGCUACGACGAUGAUGACGACUUCCGGCGAUUACCGCCCGUUGAGUUGGAUGACCACCCAAUUCUCUAUAAAGUAUACGAUGGCCGUGUGACGGGUGUGAAGGAUUUCGGUGCUUUUGUCAACCUCCAGGGCGUGAAAGGAAAAGUGGAUGGGCUUGUACACGUCUCUGCCAUGCAGGAGGGAGUGCGAGUAAAUCAUCCGUCCGACUUGGUCUCGCGCGGUCAACCACUCAAGGUCAAAGUUAUCAGCAUACAGGGUUCGCGCAUUGGAUUGUCGAUGAAGGAAGUCGACCAGGUGACUGGUAUGGAUCUCGUGCCACAACGGAGGCUUGCAUCAGGGGCAAAUAUGGAACGCCUUGAUGGUUAUUCUGCGGAUGAUAGAUAUGGAAACCUGAGUUCGGACGUACCGGUUAUCGAGGACUCAGAUGGCAGACCAAUGAGAAACCGCAAACGCCUGACAUCUCCGGAGAGAUGGGAAAUCAAGCAAUUGAUUGCUUCCGGCGCUGUCUCUGCUGCUGACUACCCCGAUAUCGACGAAGAAUACCAUGCCACCCUUACUGGCGAGGGCACUUUCGAAGAGGAAGAGGAUGUUGACAUUGAGGUCCGAGAUGAGGAGCCUCCUUUCCUGGCUGGCCAGACUAAGAUGUCACUGGAGCUCUCUCCCAUUCGAGUCGUGAAAGCACCGGACGGUUCCCUGAACAGAUCUGCCAUGGCAGGUACUGGUCUGGCUAAAGAGCGCAGAGAUAUGCGACAACAAGAAGCUAGGGAUAAGGCGGCUGAGCAGGCUGCUGAGGUUGAUCUGAAUGCGCAGUGGCAGGACCCGAUGGUUGCGCCUGAAGAACGUAAAUUUGCCGCUGAUCUUCGCUCUGCUCAGCAACCUAAGCCAGAUGACUCCGUUCCUGAGUGGAAAAGGGUUACUAUGGGCAAGAAUCAGUCUUUUGGCAAGAGGACCACCAUGUCUAUGAAGCAGCAGCGGGAAAGUUUGCCCGUCUUUAAAUUCCGCAAACAGCUGCUUGACGCGGUCCGUGAUAAUCAGUUGUUGAUCGUCGUUGGAGACACUGGCUCAGGAAAGACGACUCAGCUGACACAGUACCUUGCCGAAGGUGGAUAUGGGAACAAUGGCAUUAUCGGCUGUACCCAGCCCCGUCGUGUCGCAGCCAUGUCCGUCGCAAAACGUGUGGCCGAAGAAGUUGGCUGUAGGCUCGGAGCAGAAGUUGGAUACACAAUUCGUUUUGAAGAUUGCACGAGCCCGGAAACCAAGAUCAAGUAUAUGACUGAUGGUAUGCUCCAAAGAGAAGUUCUCUUGGAUCCAGACUUGAAGAAGUACUCCGUGAUUAUGCUUGACGAGGCCCACGAGAGAACCAUUGCAACGGAUGUGCUUUUCGGAUUGCUCAAGAAGACUAUCAAGAGGAGGUCCGAUCUUAGACUGAUUGUGACGUCCGCUACUCUGGAUGCUGACAAGUUCUCCGAGUAUUUCAAUCAGUGUCCGAUUUUCUCCAUUCCCGGUCGGACAUUCCCUGUCGAGAUUAUGUAUUCCAAAGAGCCAGAGUCGGAUUACCUGGAUGCAGCCCUCAUUACUGUCAUGCAGAUUCACUUAACAGAGCCAUCUGGUGACAUUCUUGUUUUCUUGACUGGACAAGAGGAAAUUGACACGGCCUGCGAAAUUCUAUAUGAACGGAUGAAAGCAUUAGGUCCCACCGUACCUGAACUGGUCAUUCUCCCUGUUUAUUCUGCACUCCCAGGUGAGAUGCAGAGUAGGAUUUUCGAGCCGGCACCUGAGGGUGGUAGAAAGGUCGUCAUUGCGACUAACAUUGCCGAGACAUCCAUCACGAUCGACCAAAUCUACUACGUCAUUGACCCUGGAUUCGUGAAACAGAAUGCUUACGACCCAAAACUUGGAAUGGAUUCUCUGGUUGUGACCCCUGUAUCGCAGGCGCAGGCCAAACAGCGAGCUGGACGAGCUGGAAGAACCGGUCCAGGUAAAUGUUUCAGGUUGUAUACCGAAGCGGCUUACCAAUCCGAAAUGCUGCCAACUACGAUCCCCGAAAUCCAGCGUCAAAACCUGUCGCAUACCAUUCUCAUGCUCAAGGCCAUGGGUAUCAACGAUUUGCUCCAUUUUGAUUUCAUGGAUCCCCCGCCGACAAAUACCAUGCUUACAGCUUUGGAGGAGCUGUAUGCUCUUUCUGCACUUGAUGAUGAAGGUCUUUUGACUCGUCUGGGGCGGAAGAUGGCCGAUUUCCCCAUGGAACCAGCGCUUGCUAAGGUCCUCAUAGCGUCGGUUGAAAUGGGAUGCUCCGAGGAGAUGCUGAGCAUCGUUGCUAUGCUUUCCGUACAGUCAGUCUUCUAUCGUCCAAAGGAGAAACAGCAACAAGCAGACCAGAAGAAAUCAAAAUUCCACGAUCCUCACGGCGAUCAUUUGACUCUGCUUAAUGUAUACAACGGGUGGAAGAACUCCAAGUUCAACAAUGCUUGGUGUUACGAGAACUUCAUCCAAGCCCGACAGAUCCGCCGUGCCCAGGAUGUCCGUCAGCAGCUUAUGGGUAUCAUGGACAGAUACCGCCACCGAAUCAUCUCUUGCGGGCGAAAUACUAUCAAGGUGCGUCAAGCAUUGUGCACGGGUUUUUUCCGAAACGCGGCCCGCAAAGACCCUCAGGAAGGAUACAAGACCCUUGUCGAAGGCACGCCUGUGUAUAUGCAUCCCAGCUCUGCCUUAUUCGGCAAGCCGUCUGAGCAUGUCAUCUAUCACACAUUGGUCCUUACGACCAAAGAGUAUAUGCAUUGCACUACCUCUAUUGAGCCGAAAUGGCUUGUGGAGGCCGCACCGACCUUCUUCAAGGUGGCACCUACAGAUCGUCUUUCCAAGCGCAAGAAGGCUGAGCGGAUUCAGCCUUUGCAUAACCGCUUUGGAGGAGAGGACGAUUGGCGGCUAUCUGCGCAGAAACGGCAAGGCAGAGGUGGUGGUGGUGGAACUUGGGGUUAA